UUUCGUUAUCACAACUUCUUCUCCCUGUGGAUUAUCAUCAUGGGUACGCCAUCGCGUAAGGCGUGCUUUAGAAUAGCGGCUCUGGCCCUUCUCGUACAACUAUCCCUUGCCAAAGAAACCAAAGAAACAACGGAACUUGCAAGGCCUAAAAGAGAUCGGUUAGAGGGACUAGAAGCAGCUGCAAGACAAUAUCUUCCGCCGGGCCAAGGAGGUGGUAGUGGAGGAGGAGGAUCACCCUCAGGCUCUUACGGCGCUCCAGGAGGUACAGGGGGUGGCGGCUUCGGUGGUUCACCGUCUGGCAGCUACGGAGCACCUGGUGGAGGCAGUGGAGGGUACAACGGUGGCGCACCUGGAGGUGGGGCCGGAGCACCUUCUGGAAGUUACGGAGCACCGGGUGGUGGAAGCGGAUCAGGACCCUCUGGUAGCUACGGAGCGCCUGGUGGAGGAUCUGGUGGUUUCGGCGCUGGCUCACCAUCAGGAUCAUACGGAGCACCCGGUGGUGGCUCACCCUCAGGAUCAUACGGAGCACCUGGUGGUGGCUCACCCUCAGGAUCAUACGGAGCACCUGGCGGUGGAGCACCAGGAGGAUUUGGAAGUGGUGGCAAUGGUGGUAGUGGUCCAUCCAACCAAUAUCUACCUCCAAGUCAAGGAGGCGGUGUAGGAGGAGGGGCUGGUGGUAGACCGUCCGGAUCGUACGGAGCUCCUGGAUCAACCGGAAACGGUUUUGGUAGCGGCAGCGGUGGUCGUCCUUCUGGUUCAUACGGUGCUCCAGGUAGUGGAAACGGCAAUGGAGGAAGUAAUGGUGGACGGCCAUCCGGAUCAUAUGGAGCCCCGGGAGCUGGAGGUGCUGGCAGUGGCAGACCAUCAGGAUCAUACGGAGCACCAGGAGCACCAGGGGCUGGAAACGGUGGGUAUGGCAGUGGACGUCCCGGUGCUGGAGGUAAUGGAGGCAACGGAGGUGGCAGACCAUCAGGAUCAUACGGUGCUCCCGGUGCAGGAGGAUUCGGUGGACAGCCAUCAAGCUCUUAUGGAGCACCAGGUGCUGGCGGAAACGGGGGUUACGGAAGUGGCAGACCAGGUGCUGGUAGUUCAGGAGCUGGAAACGGAAGACCCUCAAGUAGCUACGGUGCUCCUGGAGGUGGAAACACUGGUGGACGACCCUCUGGAUCAUAUGGUGCUCCGGGUGCUGGAGGAAAUGGAUUUGGCAGCAAUGGAGGUGGAAGACCCUCUGGCUCAUACGGUGCUCCUGGUAGCAACGGUGGUGCAGGUGGUGGCUCUGGAGGAUUUGGCGGACAAGGAGGGGCUGGAGCUUCAAACCAAUAUCUUCCUCCCGGACAAGGUGGUGGUUCAGGAGCUGGAAGCCCAGGUGGUUUUGGAGGUGGAGCACCUUCUGGAUCCUAUGGCGCUCCUGGUGCUGGUGGCCCAGGUGGUUUUGGUGGAAGUGGAGGUAGUAGCCCAUCCAGCACUUACGGAACACCAGGGUCAGGUGGAUUGGGAGGAAACGGAGCAGGUCGACCAUCAAGCAGUUAUGGAGUCCCUGGUCAGGGUGCUGGUAGUCCUGGAGGGUUUGGAGGUAAUGGAGGUGGAAGACCAUCAAGCAGCUAUGGAGCUCCAGGUCAAGGUGCUGGUAGUCCUGGAGGUUUUGGAGGAAAUGGAGGUGGACGACCAUCAAGCAGCUAUGGAGCUCCAGGUCAAGGUGCUGGUAGUCCUGGAGGUUUUGGAGGAAAUGGAGGUGGACGACCAUCAAGCAGCUAUGGAGCUCCAGGUCAAGGUGCUGGUAGUCCUGGAGGUUUUGGAGGAAAUGGAGGUGGACGACCAUCAAGCAGCUAUGGAGCUCCAGGUCAAGGUGCAGGUAGUCCUGGAGGUUUUGGAGGCAAUGGAGGUGGGCGACCAUCAAGUAGUUAUGGAGUCCCAGGUCAGGGUGCUGGUAGUCCUGGAGGGUUUGGAGGUAAUGGAGGUGGAAGACCAUCAAGCAGUUAUGGUGCCCCUGGUGCCGGAGGAAACGGUGGUGGUCGACCUUCUAGCAGCUACGGUGCACCUGGUGCUGGAGGAAACGGUUUUGGAGGAGCAAGUGGUGGAAGACCAUCGAGCAGCUACGGCGCUCCCGGUCAAGGAGCUGGUGGGGCCAGUGGAUUCGGAGGAGGUGCUGGAAGGCCUUCAGGAAGUUACGGAGCACCCGGAGCAGGAGGUUCUGCAGGAUCUGGUGGCAGUGCACCUGGAGGCUCGUACCUUCCCCCUUCACAGGGAGGUGGACAAGGAGGAUUUGGAGGAGGAGCCCCAGGAGCUGGAGGUUUUGGAGCGGGUAGCCCUGGUGGUCAAGGAGGUGGAGCACCUUCUAGUUCAUACGGCGCACCCGGCGGAGGAGCACCAGGAGGCGGAGCACCAUCUGGAUCGUAUGGAGCGCCAGGAGCUGGAGGUUUUGGAGGUGGGUCACCAUCCGGAUCAUACGGUGCUCCAGGAGGUGGUUCCCCAUCUGGAUCAUAUGGAGCUCCAGGAGGUGGUUCCCCAUCUGGAUCAUACGGAGCACCAGGAGGUGCUAGCACAGGAGGAUUUGGAGGUGGUGCACCAGGAGUUAGUUCCCCAUCUGGAUCAUAUGGAGCACCUGGAGGUGGUUCCCCAUCUGGAUCAUACGGAGCACCAGGAGGCGGUAGCACAGGAGGUCUUGGAGGACAGCCGUCCGGAUCUUACGGAGCUCCAAGCGGUGGAUUUGGAGGUGGAGCUCCAUCAAGCUCGUACGGUGCACCUGGUGGUGGAGCUGGAGGACAGCCUUCGGGUAGCUACGGAGCACCCGGCGCUGGAGGUGCUAGUGGCGGAUCUCCUUCUGGCUCCUAUGGAGCUCCAGGGUCAGGAAGUUCUGGAGGCUACAGCGGGUCUUCGCCUGCUGGUGGUGCUGGUGGCUACAGCAGUGGCGGUCCUUCUUCCUCGUACGGCGCGCCAGGAGCUGGAGGUGGUCAGCAGCAAAACCCCGACGGAAGCUACAUCUAUUAGACGAGAAAAGACUAAACCUGAACACUUCGAAUAUCUAGCUUUCACUGCCAAUCGGAUAGUUGUAAAUAAAUUACCAUUAAUGUUAAGGCUUUUAAUUUAAAAUUAUUAUUAAUUUAUAUUUUGUAAUAAAUCGAUGUAAAACUUA